GAUGGAGAAUUUCGUGUUGUAUGAGGAGAUAGGAACAGGCAGCAAGUCAGUGGUGUAUAAAGGACGGAGGAAAGGCAGCAUCAAAUUCGUAGCCAUCAUCUGCAGUGACAAGUCGAAAAGGCCUGAAAUCACCAACCAUGUACGACUGACCCACGAUAUCAAACAUGAGAAUGUGGUGACCUUCUAUGAGUGGUAUGAAACCAGCAACCACCUGUGGCUGGUGGUGGAGUUGUGUACAGGGGGCUCUUUGGAGUCAGUCAUCACCCAGGAUGAGUGUCUGUCAGAGGAGGUGGUCCGGGAGUUUGCCAUUGAUCUGAUCAAAGGCCUCAGACACAUCCAUGAUGCUGGCAUUGUCUUCUCUGACCUCACCCCCUCCAAGAUCUUGUUGGAUGGACCAGGGACGUUGAAGCUGUCUAACUUCGUCCUGUCGAAAGCAGAAGGAGAGAACCUGGAGGAGUUCUUUGCCCUGGUCUCUACCGAGGAGCCGGGAGGAGAAGGCCAGGAGAACACCAGCAGGAACAUCAAGAAUAGAACACAAGGUUCUCCUCUGUUCUGUGCUCCAGAGGUAGUGAAGGGAGGAGAAACUACUGUCAGUAGUGACCUGUGGGCUUUGGGCUGUAUCCUCUACAACAUGUAUUCAGGAAAGCCGCCGUUCUACUCUGAGUCUUUCCCUGAGCUGAUUGAGAAGAUUCUACAUGAUGAUACUCCGUCUCCAAGACAACCGGGGUCUUCCUCAAGCAAGCCUAGUAAGGAGUUCCAAAGCCUUCUCAAAGGUCUGCUCCAGAAAGAUCCACAGAAGAGAAUGAGCUGGCCUCAGGUUGUGGCUCACCCCUUCUGGACAGGAGCUCUCACUGAUGAGGAGGAGAGAGAGGCCUCAGUCUGCUCCAGCAUGGAGAGAGAGGGGGCUGGGCUGCCCCCCCCCAGCCAGCCAGCAGAAGCCAGACCAGCCUCAGGGAACCUCCCGAGACAGGGUUGGCCGGGGACAACAGUGGCAGCUGGUGUUGAGGAACCAGUUGUCAUGCACCCCAAUAAGUCAUUUCGAUUAGACAAUGUACCAGAGCUCAGACCUAAGAGUGCGCUGGAUGGAGACGCCAAAGAAUCCAUUUUCCUGCUCAGUUCCCGUCCAACUCCAAGAAUGAGUUGCACUGCCAGAGACACAACUAGCAACGCACCAAGUCGCUUAACUCAGGACAGCCUACUGCUUAGUGGCGUGGGUGACAUCACUUCCUGUAUCAAGGAGCUGGUCCACACUGAGGCUGACCUCACCGUGACCCCUAUUAUGGACAACCCCAAGAUUCUGAAAAGUGCACCAGUGCGAUAUGACCCCAAGACUCUGUGUGUCCCAGCACACUCAGUGGAGAAGCUGGUGUCCAUGAGUCCCGGCGAUUGGUCAGCUUUCCUGCAGCAGCUGUGUGCCUGUCUGGAACCUUCCCAGCAGGCCCACCACAAGCCCUGCCCGGCCCCUCCGCCUGUGCCGCCUCCACCCCUCCCGGCCUCCACCCGCUCCAGACUCAACCUGCUCUGCUACCUCUGCUCCGUGGCUGCACACCGGGCCACCGCCACCCGCCUCAUCAACUCCAAACUGUUCCCAGUGCUGACCCAACAGCUGAGACUGGCUCCUAAUUGGGAUGUGAGAACCAAGGUGAUGAGGGUUCUGGGUCUCCUGGCCCUACACUGCACCGACCUUUCAGAGGAGACCCCUGUCACUGAGGCGGUAGCUAUGUUCACCGAGCUGAUCCGAGAGAACUUCCGGAACAGCAAGCUGAAGCAGUGCCUGCUCCCACCACUAGGGGAGCUGCUCUAUCUCAUCGCCAGCCAGGAGGAGAAGAAAGAGCACCCAGGAGGAUUGUGGGUCGUUCCCGCUGCCUCCUACACUGUGUUAAUGAGGUGCCUUCGGGAAGGGGAGGAACUGGUGGUGAACCACAUGGCAGCUAAGAUUGUGGAGAAUGUGUGUACCACAGUGUCACAGUUGGCUCAGGGCUUCAUCACCAUGGAGAUAGGCCCCAUGCUCUGGUACCUGUUCACACACUCCACCGUGGAUGCUCUCCGUGUCACUGCCGUCUCUGCCUUGUGCAGAAUCACACGCCACUCCGUUGGAGUCUUUCAGAGCGUGAUCGACAAGGUGGGGCUGCCGGCCGUGCUGGACAGCCUGGUGUCGGGUAUUAGCCGAGUGCAGCAGCACCUGCUGACCAUGUUGGCCGCCAUGCUGUCCUCAGGCACCCACACACACAGGCUGGUGACUGAGAAGGAGUUUGUGUUGAAGGUGAUGCGUUCCCUGGAGAGCCCUUCCCCGGCUAUCAGGGCCAAGGCCUUCCUGGUGCUGCUUCUGGUCCUCCUCAACAACAGAGACAUGCUGCUGCUCUGCUGCAACUCCAGGUUGGUGAUGUACACAGAGAGAGACAUCAGAAAGAGCACACCUUCACGGGAGCAACAAAGCAGCAAUGAAUACCUGUCAAAAUGCCUGGAUCUGCUCAUCCAUCACCUGCUGCAGGAGCUGCCCAGCAUCCUGGAGGACAUCUUGGGAGCUCUGGGCAGCAUUGUGGGAAGGAAACAUCCCUCGGCCUCCCAAGCCAGACAGCUCAAACACACCCUUCCCAUGAUGACUGUGGUUCUGCACCUUCUCACAUCCCAGAUCUUCCGGCCCCAGGUGGUGAACAAGGAGUUUCUUUCCAAGUUGGGAGCCUUGCUGACUCAUACCGCCUCCAUAGACAUCAGUGACACCAGUCUGGGCACUGCUGUAGGUUCUGCUGCCUCCGAGGAGCUGGUCAGGACCAGCCUGGCAGCCGUGGAGGCCAUCACCCAGCACCCUGCUCUCCUCGGCCCCCACCACAGCACCGUGGUCGAUGUCAUCCUUCCCCCCCUCACCUCCCUUGUCUUCAGUAAGAACGUGGAGUGGUGUAUCGUCAGCUUGCGGGUGCUGUCAGAGAUCACUCUGCUGCUACUGAGCCAGGAGGCCAUUGGGGAAGGAGAGGGGGGGGAGGAGAGGAGAGAGGGAGGAGGACAGGAAAAGAAAAGCUCUUCAGCCAGCACACUAUUGGCUGUCAUCACUGAUGCACUUUUUCCACGGUAUGACCUCAUCCUCCUGGAGCCUGACCCAGUUCCAGUUUACGCUCUCAAACUUCUGGUGUCACUGAGCGAACAUAGCACCCCUGUUAACAGGCUCAUCAGCCAGAGCCGCAUCCUGCCUGUGGUGUUCCAGAUCAUUGCGGAGCACCAGGAGAACCUCUUGGGUGGAACCAUGCAGAACGCCAUGGCUCUCCUCUCCAACCUGACAGCCCACUCAGACACAGACCUCCGGCCUCUCUACCAGCUAGGUCUGGUGGAGGUGGUGGUGAGAGUGCUCUCUGAUGCUGCUCUGCAGUACCUAGAGAGGGACGAACGCCUGGGGAGGAAGAACGUGCAGGCGAUCCUGCUGUCUCUGCUGGAACUCCUCCACAACCUCCUGAGGAACAUCUCCACAGUGGUGCGUCUGGCCCUGCAGGCCCAGCAGUCCGAAACAGGAGAAGAGACCCGGGCUGCAGAAGAGCUCCUGUUCAUCAACAAGCCUCUGACAGACCUGACCAGUCUGCUCAUAAACAUGCUGCCCGGUGAGGAGCAGGAGGUGUACGAGGAGGCCAGUCAUUGUGCGUCCCUGCUGGUGCAGCUGUACGGUGGGGACGGCCCGGCCGGCCUCAGCCCCGCCACCCUGCGGAGCCUGGCCCUCAGCCUGCAGCGCCGCGCCCAGCCCCGACAGCUCCGCCUGCUGCUGCGGCUCCUCAAACGCCUGGUCUCUGCGUGCGACGGGGGGGUUUGGAGAGACACCCAGGAAGGUUGUGAGCUUCUGCAGGCUCUACAGAAUCUGAGUCACUCCUCCAGGUGUCAAGCUGAUGUUGCCGUGGCGUCGCUGGCUGCUGAAAUCCUCAGAGGGUGUGGCCUGUAACACCCACAGAAACCCACCAUUUUCUACUGUAUAGCUGUCAGUGUAUUUAAUUUAUAUAAUAAAACUGAUCCUGUUUGAUCUUG